CAGAGGUUCAAAAGAGCUCAAGAAUGCUCCAGCUUCCCUCGCAGCCUUGACUCUCUCUCUAUCGCUCUUUGUCCAACUCCUUCAUUCUCUUUUACUCGAAAAUCACCAGCUGUCCGGUCCUACACUCCUCUCUAUCUGUACACUUGACUCCGCACACUCUACUGAAUCGUUGGCUCUUCCGCACCCACUUUGGGCCAAGGUACUUAAGAUCUCCCAGAUCUUCCGCUGACUGGUUACACACAUCACAGAGUCUAAUUGAACACUCCGCAAUUUUUUCCUCUCUGACGCCUUUCCCCGCCUACGUAGUUGAUUACGUCGGGGCGAAGAACAGGCCUCUCUGCCUGUUGCUCACUGGACGGCUAUUGUUUUGCGCCUCUUGGGUCUUGGUUCUCAUAUUGCUCGUCAUGUCUCUGACGCGAGUUGCCUCCGUCGAUGGCUUCGAGCGAGAACGACCAGGCUCGAGUUCGUCGUCGCGAAGGAGGAUGAGUUUCAAUCCUUUCAGUGAUCAGCUUCCACCGGCUCAUAGGAAGGCCAGUGUGGUCACGGAAGCUCUGCAAUUCGAGGAGGUUUCCAAGCAAAAGCGACUAGUACAGGUAAUCAUCGCGAUAAUCUAUUGCCUCUUUGCUGCCGGUAUUGUCUUUGGCUAUGCUGCCAUCAAACCAGUUCUCAUCGAUGAGGGCGUCUUCUCGGACCUGUGCACACCAGACGAGCUGGAGAGCCAUACUUCGCCAUGCUAUCAACAAGAGAUUCGCCUGAACUUGAUGUUCACCGUUGCAGCAGUAUCAACGAAUGUCGCAGCCCUUCCUAUUGGGACCAUCCUCGACCGGUAUGGCCCAAGGGUCUGUGGUAUCAUCGGAAGCAUCUUCCUACUCGUAGGCUCUUUGCUGUUCUCCUUCGCCGCCAAGGUUGGCGGCGACCUCUUCACUCCGGGCUACUUCUUUUUGGCACUGGGCGGUCCAUUCGUCUUCAUUUCCUCCUUUCAGCUGUCCAACACAUUCCCUCGAAACUCGGGCCUCAUCCUGGCCCUACUGACCGGCGCAUUCGAUUCCUCCUCGGCACUGUUCCUCGUCUUCCGACUCGUCUACGAAGCUACUGGCGGCAAGCUCAACACUCAUCGGCUCUUUCUCAUCUACCUGGUGGUGCCUGUUUUUAUCUUUAUCGUCCAAGUCUUUGUCAUGCCCCGAGACUCCUACAAGACCGUCAGUGAGGUCGUCAAGGAUGCAGAAGAAGAAAUCAACGCCCCAACACCACCCGAGGCCUCCCAAGAAGAGAUUCAAGUCUACCGCGAGCGCAGGGAAAGCACCAUCGCCGAGGUCAGCCUGUUGCUGGAUAAGACCACCAACACCAAACGCCAGAAACGCGAGGAGAACAAGAACAGCAAGUCCGGCGUCUGGGGAGCCCUGCAUGGCCAUUCUGCCUUGAACCAAAUCAAGACGCCGUGGUUUUGGUUAAUCACCCUCUUUACGGUCGUUCAGAUGACUCGUAUCAACUACUUCGUCGCAACUAUUCGUCCACAAGAGCGGUAUCUACUUGGCUCAGAACACAAAGCGAAACUUGUCAACGAUUUUUUCGAUGUUGCCCUUCCUCUGGGCGGCAUACUCAGCAUCCCCUUCAUCGGCACGCUCCUUGACCAUACGUCAACGCCGUUCGCCCUGGGCUUCCUGGUCGUCACUGCCACCAUCAUUGGCGUUCUGGGAUGCCUACCGUACAUGUGGGCCGCGAUCGCCAACGUUUGCCUGUUUGUCGUGUAUAGACCAUUCUACUAUACCACCGUCUCUGAUUACUCGGCAAAAGUAUUCGGCUUUCAAACAUUUGGCAAGGUCUACGGGCUAAUCAUCUGUCUGGCGGGCCUCUUCAACUUCCUGCAAUCACCCCUCGAUGCGGCCACGCAUGUAGUGUUCAAACUCAACCCGAUCCCCGUAAACGUCAUUCUUCUGAGCGUCGCGGUCAUUGUGGGCACGGCUCUGGUCACCUUCACCUACCUCAAGAGCCGAAACAUGAAACGGGAACACCUUGAGGACGAGGCCGAAGGUGCAGCGGAGACAUUGAUGCCCAGUGCCAAUGGUUCUGGCUAUGGCACGCAAGGAUAGAUGUGCCGAUGAGAUUACGGAGGAGCUUUUUCCUGUGUUGCUGUUGCAUCACUGCGUAUGGAGCAUGUGUUUCAGAAACGGCCGAUGCUUAAGCUGUCUUGUCACGAGAUCGUACAGUAUGUGUGGGUAUUUGUCUCGUCAACUUUAAGUCGGAGGGUAUCUUGUUUGAGCAUGGCGUUGCACGCUGGGAUGGGCUCUGAAAAAACUCUCGAUUGCGAGCCAAAGUUACGGAAUAGGAUGAUUAUGUUUUUUGGGUCUGAGCAGAGUACAGAAUGCGGACUUAUGUUGAAUCCAAGGAAGCGAGUCCGGCGAUCAAGGAUUGUACAUGACCG